AUGAGUAAUAAAGUCACUACCACAAUCGCAUCCACCACCAUCACCACCUUCAAUGUUGAAAGCGGAAGCAGCAUUGCUACCACCAAAAUCAACACCAAUACCACUGUUAAGUCAGCCUCCGCAUCAGCGACCUGCCACAUCACCGGAGCACAGGCCGAAUCUACUGCCGAUGCAAUGCCUGAAAACGCCCUUAUCUUUCUGUUGCUAUCACAAGGGAUGUCCGAAGGGGAAGCGGAUUACCGUCUUUUGGAUGCGGCAAGAAAAUUGGAGUUCUACGGUUUAAAGCUUCAUCCUGCCAGGCGCUUUGAGAUCAAGAGUAAUUCCAAGCGUAGCGAAGCCACUUUAGUCAUGUCAUUCGAGACGCAUGCAAGAACUUUUGGAAGAAGUGCCUCGAACAUCACGCAUUCUUCCGAUCGCGGGAGGUGCGCGGAGAGCCGGGUGCGGGAGGCGGAGGACUGGGGGGAUUCGGGGUCAGGAAUAUGGAGCUCCGCUGCUCCUCCUGCUCACCCCUAUGCCUCGCAGCCGAGCCUUCGUUUUGCCGAAGACGUUGGACAUAAAAACAGCAGCGGUGGUGGAGGGCUCACUCGGAGUGUAAGUCUCAAAAGCGGUCGCAGUCAGGGUCUUUUCAGCAAAGGAUCGUCCUACAGAUACUGCGGGAGAACACAACAGCAACUAAUUGAAAACUCGUAUAAUUCGAGUCCAGGAAUAAUGUCUUCAGAAAAACGAUCAAAAUCGGUGGGUCGCCUUGGUUCAGGCCAAAAUCUUAGUCGCUUUGGCUCACCGCAUCUUCAUCGCAGUGUAGCUCAUGUUAAUGAAAAGCCCGGAGAGGACCUCCCAAGAAUGCUGCAACAUCAACAGUGCCUCUUUCGAGGUAGCAGCUCGAGCACAGUAGCUGCUGACUUUGGUCCGCCAACAACCAGUCUUCCAGACCAUUAUCAACUUCUUUUCCUUUCCACACCCAUUCGAAGGCCGCUUUCCACUAGAUACCGCGCUGGCAGCUCUCACUCGGUGGAUCAGAGUAGUUUGCCAACUGAAAGUCCCUGUAAAGUCGGCCCCCAACUACUGGAAUCCGAGUAUGGAGCUAGUGUGCCCCGUGUGUUCUCUGCCAGUGUGCUCAAAGCUUCCAAACGAAGACGCGAAUCUGACAGUCUGACUAACACCUCUCCGGCCGUCACCACCGUGACUACCAAACCCUCGGAUGCUGAGUCGAUUACUAAAUAUAGCCUCUUAACCAGCUCUCGACCAUCUAUUACGUCGGGACUCACGGCCGGUAGCGUCCCUUGGGCUCUCGACGAAAAAUGUGUAGAGAAAGCCACUAAAGACUCCAUUGACGAGAAGCAUGUGGAUAAGAGAAGCAAGGUCCUCACUCCCACUGAUGCCUCGUCUUCGGAAGAGCCUGUGUCCGUCCCGCUCUCUUCUAAUGGAGUCCGAACUUCUGCCCCAUCCACAGCCAUACAUGAUUUGCACACGUCAGGUCAGCGUGCUCGCACCUUCUCUGCCUAUGAGGAGCACUCUCAGUAUUCAAAUUCGCUUCCGCCCGAACACUACGACGAGGUGGCUGAGGAUGAGGAUGAUAUUUAUGAUAAUGACGACACCAAUGUUGAUAGAGCAGAUCUCUCUGAUGACUCCCUCUUGCAGCAUCCACUUUCUGUCUGCGCCUCCCGCGCUGUUUCCUCCAGCGAUCUUUACAGAUCGGAGUCAAUCGAAUUUCAGUAUCCCGUCUGCAAACUUGACGAUCAGAACUCACCGCUGGAUCAGGAACUUGAAAAUGGGUUAGGAGUCUACUUAAAACCUUCUGUUGAGUCCCGCGGCUCUCUCUUCUACCCUUCAAAAAGUGCACCUGCGAGCAGACGUACUUCAAACUACUCAACCCAUGACGAGGAGUUUGGAGAAGAGGAAGGUAUAGAGCCAAGUAGCAUCGCACCGGCUCUUUCAAUUGGUGCGAUUUCUGCCAUCACGGGUGUCUCCUGUUCCGAUGAUGAGGCUGACGAGAGUGGAGGUGGGGGUGGAGAGGGUAUCAAUACUUGCGAGAGCAGAGAUGAAGGCAAAACGGAAGCGAUGUCUCUUAUGUCUGGUCCCUCAUCUCCACCUGUCAACACUCUUUCCUCCCUGGUUGGACAACGAGCUCAAUCGGAGCCACUGCAGCCAGUGUCUUCGGUGACUGAUGGUUUGCAUGUGGAGAUCGAUUCUCAUGCUUCCAAUCAGGCACGUCGGCAGCGGUUAAGGGGAAGGAGGACAAGGAAACGUGAGCUGAGAGGCGGAUUAGAUUAUCUCGCUUAUGAUGCUUUAACAGCAACUGUUCAACAACAUGCUUCCACGGUGACAGCUAAUCCUACGUCAAGGACGCUUCGAAAGAAAUCGCUACCCCCGUACCACGAUCGUACAUUUCAACUGGCGAGGGAGCUUUCAGUUACUGAGAAGACCUACAUUAAUGCCCUGCGGCUCUUAAUCAUGCCCCUCUCCUCUUUUGAACGCCGUUGCCGGCUCGCCCCUUGGUCAACUUACAAUAUGAUCGGCACUGUAAGGAAACACCUGCGAGCCAACUGCGCCAGUCAUUGA